ACAAUUAAGGAGCCAAGUUUAUCCCUUUUAGUAAUCACGUGGGUUUUUCUAGUUAAAAUAAAUAGAAAUUGUGAGAAGAACGGGCAAACAUGAAGCCUGGAAGGGUUGACCUCGCAGCUGGGCAGCCUGUGAGAGCAGAUAAGAAGACAAAUUGAAAUAAAUCUCCCUUUUUUUUCAGAUUCAGAUUGAUUGGGAUUUCAAUUAGGAUUUUCGGUUUUCUUUCUUCUUCUUCCCUCCCAGAAGAAAGAAGAAGGAAGAAGGUAAUAACGCGGGAAUGGUGAUCAAAUAACCAAAAUCGCCCACUAAGGAAAAAAAAAAAAAAAUGGAAGGAAGAAUGGGGUGGAAGAAUGCGUUGGACAAGGCGAAACCAGUGUUCGCGACGAUAUACGCCGCUGUAAUAAUUGGGAUUGUCUUCUCGUCUUUGUAUGUGAUAUCCGCCAUCUGCUCCGGCAAGUCUGCAGCUGAUUCCACCACAUCCUGGCUUUCCCGUUCUCCUCCGUUAGAGCAAGCACCCAAUGUUUCUCAACCAGAAAUAGUUCAAGCAAUGUCCACACCUUCACUGGGGCCUCAAAGCAUGUCAACAAGACCUAUUUGGGAAGCUCCCACACGCACAAAGAAAAUGCCACCUUUGAAGAAAUUUAGACUGAGCAAAGAGCUAGUUCAGCAAAGAGUGAAGGAUAAUGUCGUUAUAGUGACAUUUGGGAAUUAUGCAUUCAUGGAUUUUAUCCUGACCUGGGUUAAACACUUGACUGAUCUGGGGCUUUCUAACCUUCUCAUUGGUGCAAUGGACGCCAAACUGUUGGAGGCUUUGUAUUGGAAAGGAGUUCCAGUAUUUGACAUGGGCAGCCAUAUGAGCACAAUAGAUGUCGGAUGGGGAUCACCAACAUUCCACAAGAUGGGAAGAGAAAAGGUUAUCCUGAUAGACUCAAUCCUUCCUUAUGGUUUUGAACUCUUGAUGUGUGAUACAGACAUGGUUUGGUUGAAGGACCCACUUCCAUAUCUUGCUCGCUAUCUGGAAGCAGAUGUCUUAACUUCCAGUGAUCAAGUUGUGCCAACAGUCACUGAUGACAGGUUGGACAUUUGGCAACAAGUUGGUGCUGCCUACAACAUUGGAAUUUUCCACUGGCGGCCAACAGAUCCUGCUAAAAGAUUGGCUAAGGAAUGGAAAGAUAUGCUUCUAGCUGAUGAAAAGAUAUGGGACCAGAAUGUGUUUAAUGAUCUUGUACGAAGACAGUUAGGACCACCAGUUGAUGAGGAGAGUGGACUUGUAUAUGCUUUUGAUGGAAGUCUCAAGCUGGGAGUUUUGCCCGCAAGUAUAUUUUGUAGUGGGCAUACAUAUUUUGUCCAGGCCAUGUAUCAACAGUUGAGGUUGGAGCCGUAUGCAGUGCAUACCAAAUUCCAGUAUGCAGGUACUGAAGGAAAACGCCACCGACUACGGGAAGGCAUGGUUUUCUAUGACCCACCAGAAUAUUAUGAUGCACCAGGAGGUUUUUUGUCAUUUAAGCCAUCUAUUCCUAAGAGCUUGUUGCUAGAUGGGGAGCAUAAUGUUAAAUCACAUUUUUCUCUUAUUAAUUACCAAAUAAAACAGAUAAGGAUGGCUCUUUCUAUUGCUUCUUUGUUGAAUCGAACCUUGGUGAUGCCUCGACUGUGGUGCAGGUUGGAUAAGCUGUGGUUUCCCCAUCCUGGUGUUCUUGAGGGAUCUAUCACUCGACAACCUUUUAUUUGCCCUCUAGAUCAUGUAUUUGAGGUGAAUGUCAUGCUUAAGGAAUCGCCAGAGGAGAUAUUUGGGCCCCAAAUCGGUAUUAGAGAAUACUCAUUCUUUGACAAUCCAUUGAUGCCGAAACAGGUGAAAGAAUCAUGGCUUGAUGUCCAGCUUUGUCAAGAAGGAACCAGAGACUCUGUUGCUUUAAACACUACCAGCCCUUUAGGAGCACUCAGAUUUCCAAAGAGAAGCAACGAAGAAACGUUCAAGACAGUAUUCUCCUCAUUCAAGGAUGUAAAAGUAAUUCAGUUUUCUUCUAUGCAAGAUGCAUUCGCGGGUUUCACCAACAAGGCAAGGGAAGAGAAAUUCAGGAACCGUGUGAAGCGGUAUAUUGGUAUAUGGUGCUGUGUUGCCGAACACACUCCUGGUCACAUAUACUAUGACAUGUACUGGGAUGAGAAACCAGGUUGGAUACCUAUCCCUCCUCAAACCCCUGAGGAUGAUCACCCACCACCGUGAAACUUAGCUACCCGUCAAAAGAAAUACAAAUCCGACUAUCCGAGGAGCAUUGGGGAAACGAAGAGGACUGCCCAUCCAUGUUUGUACACGGAGGAGAGGCUCUACCUUUUAUCCAUCCAUUUUAAGAAUCUGUGCAUCAAUCAAAUUAAAGAAAUAUUUUUCGAGUGCAUCAUUCAUAAUCUUCAUAUAUAGCUCCAAUAAAAGAAAUGGAAAACUUUUUAUUAA